AUGGAAAGGUUUCGAUUGUUUGGAGGUCCAGCGGUAAGAAAACGCGCAAAGGAUGAACGACGACGAAUCAAUCGCAGUUUCAACGCUUUCUUACUCGACAGUGACGAGGAAGUAGAAGAAUCUGCAGUGGAUUACGAUGGCAUUCUCACUGUCAAUGACGACGGAGAAGAAUCGGACGAUGACACACCGGAAGAACGUGUUUUUGAUGAGGACAGCUGGUCUUCUGAUGUGAAAAAGCUUUCUACAUUCAUCUUUGAAAAGGAGUCCGCUAUUGUAGGGAUCGACGUCUGUAACAAACCAUUCGACUUCUUUCGCCUAUUCUUGAACGACGAGUUGCUUGCUUUUAUUGUGCAUUGGAAAGCAACGGACUAA